AGCAUACUCGGAAUACCGAGCUGACUGAGCGGCCUGAUGGAUGUCCCAGCAGAUCGAGACGGUGGCCCAGUCCUUACCCUCACCACUUCCAACCUCCGUCUUCUCACUACAGUCAUUAUGAAGCUUUCUUUCUUUGACUUCAUUGUAGACCAGUGGUCUCGGGUCCCAUCCGUGGUCCGUGCCGAUCUCUCUGGUCAGACGGUCGUUGUGGUAGGAGCCAACGUUGGUAUUGGGCUCGAGGCAUCCGUUCAUUUCGCAUCUAUGAACCCCGAGCGGCUUAUCAUAGCUUGCAGGAGCGAGAGUAAGGGGAAGGACGCAGUCAAAGAGAUAACACGGCGGUCUGGCUAUGCGAACACUGAACUUUGGAUCAUCGACUUAUCCUCGUUUGCUUCCGUGAGCGAAUUCGCAGACCGGUUCGAGCGCGAGACAGGCUCGCUCGAUAUGCUAGUGAUGAACGCGGCAUUGGCUACGAGAAAAUAUGAAGUGACCAAGGACGGGUGGGAGAGCACUCUACAGGUGAACUACCUCUCGACUACACUCUUACCCCUUCUCCUCUUCCCGCGUAUGGUUGAGGCGGGAAAGAAGCACGGCAGACCAGCACGGCUGGUCACCGUUGCUAGUGACUCGCACUACUGGUCAUCUAUAUCCCGUGAUGUACAGGCGUCGCCUACUCCUCUCAGGAUGCUCAGUAGCAGGGAAUACUGCACACCGGAGAACUUCAGAAGCCGCUACCCUCAAUCUAAACUACUCAAUAUCCUUCACAUACGAGCCCUCGCCGAACACCUCCGCCCCCUCUCCCUUGUUCCCGUCACACCAGUGAUGCCAAACCCGGGGUUCUGCUAUUCUCAGCUGAGGCGAGAAAUCAUCUCAUCGUGGAGGGUCUGGUUCAUGGAGAAACUCAUUGCUUGGCCUGCUGAGUAUGGCGCGCGCCAGCUCGUAUUCGCGGCAUUGGGUGUUCGAGAUGACGAAGAAGGCAUGCGUGGUGCGUACGUAAGUAGAGGCACGAAAAAAGAGGAGAGUGACUGGGUGAUCAGCGAGGAGGGGGGAAAGACUCAGGCGCUCGUAUGGGAGGAAACGAUGGAGAUUUUGAAGGGCGUGGACCCGAGGGUCGGAAAGGUUUUAGGCGAGUACAUGAUCGAUUAA